UACCUAUAAAUAUAUAUAGUAACUAACAUAAUCACACAUCCUAAUGUAGUCUAAAUCUCUCUCCUCUCCCAUCCACAUACAGGUGUUGUAUUAUAUAUCAUUGAAAUUCAGGCAUCCCCAAAAAUAUCGUUACCUUCAUUUUCUAUUCAGUUUUUGACCAAUCCAUCCAUCUUCUCUGGUGCGCUCUUCUUUCUGAUUCUGAUUCUGAGUAUCAAUGGAAGCGGUUGCUAAUGGUAGUGUCACCACAAAUGGGCCCAAACGGAGCCUUAACAGGAGGACCUCCACCGUCUCCUCCUCCUUCCGCCUCCGCUGCCCUAGUCUCAAUUCCCUUCGUCUCCGUCGCAUUUUUGAUCUAUUCGACAAAAAUAAUGACGGUAUGAUCACCGUUGACGAGCUCUCUCAAGCUCUCAACCUUCUCGGAUUGGAAGCCGAUCUAAAAGAGUUGGAUUUCAUGGUCAAAUCCUUUAUAAAACCAGGCAACAUGGGGCUUAGAUUUGAAGACUUUGAAGCCCUUCAUCAAUCCUUGAAUGACACCUUCUUUGGUUUCGGCGACGACGAGGAUGUUGACUUGUUGGUAAAUAAUGAUCAGGAACAGUGUAACGGCGGAGGAAAAGUUGUGUCGCAGGAGGAGUCAGAUCUGUCGGAGGCGUUCAAGGUGUUUGAUGAAGAUGGUGAUGGGUACAUUUCGGCCAGGGAGUUGCAAGUAGUGCUUGGGAAACUGGGAUUGCCGGAAGGGAAAGAGUUUGACAGAGUUGAGAAGAUGAUCACAUCCGUUGACCGCAAUCAGGAUGGUCGUGUUGAUUUCUUCGAGUUCAAGGACAUGAUGCGUAGUGUUAUCGUCCGCACCGCUUGAUUACCAUCAAUUCAACCGUAUUCUCUCUCCUUGUAUGUGAUUGUUGUUAUAUACAAUGAUGGACAUUUGUAAUAUUGUCUUGCUCUCCUCCUUAAUUACUUCUGUUACCUUUCUGAUUGAAGGUGUCUACCUCUUGUUUUAUAACAUCUAGAACUUUCAGGCUUCUUUCA